AUGGCAAUAGGUUUUGUUGUUGGGUAUGGUGAAUAUGGCGAAUAUGGCGACGUUACUCCUACUGAUUAUUGGGAGGAAGAUGACAAUGAUUGUGGACAUGAAUAUUCAUGUACAAAUUCAAAAUUACACCCAUAUAAUAAUCUUUGUGACAUUACUCAUAAGGUGGUGAUUCAUGGUGUAAAGGCCAUUACUCAUGACGUAAAGGCCAUUGCCAUUACUCAUGGUGUUGAGUCUAUUGCUCAUGUGUUAUUUGAAGUGAGUGGUAACCUUAAUCUUGCUGCUGCCUCCUCUAUUGCUGUUGUUGUUGAUCUUUUAUCGCUUGUGAUUUCUCUUGGAUUUUCCAUUGUUUACACUCGAAAUAAUUUCUUGGAUGAUUGUUAUUUUAGUUUUAAAAAAAAGAGGUUAAAAAAAGAGCUAUAG